AUGGAGGCCACAACAUGCAAUGGGUCAGGAGAUGGUUCUACCGUCUUCUACCUGGUGGGCAUUCCCUCCCUGCCGGAGCCCUUCUACCUCCCUGUCUUCUUUCUUUUCCUUCUGUUCUACCUUCUCAUCUUGACGGGGAACACCCUGAUCCUGGUGGCUGUGGUGGCCGAGCCCAGCCUCCACAAGCCCAUGUACUUCUUCCUAAUCAAUCUCUCAGCUCUAGACAUCCUCUUCACCACAACCACUGUCCCCAAGAUGCUGUCCCUGUUCUUGCUGGGGGACCGCUUCCUCAGUUUCCCCUCCUGCUUAUUGCAGAUGUAUCUAUUCCAAAGCUUUACCUGCUCAGAAGCCUUCAUCCUGGUGGUCAUGGCCUAUGACCGCUAUGUGGCUAUCUGCCGUCCUCUGCACUACCCCGUCCACAUGACCCCACAGACAAACACUGCACUGGCAGCCAGUGCCUGGAUCACUGCCCUCCUCCUGCCUGUCCCAGCAGUGGUAAAGACCUCUCAGAUGGUAUAUAAUGACAUUGCCUACAUCUACCACUGCUUCUGUGACCACCUAGCUCUGGUCCAGUCCUCUUGUUCUGACACCACUCCCCAGACGCUCAUGGGCUUCUGCAUCGCCAUGGUGGUGUCCUUCCUCCCCCUCCUCCUGGUGCUCCUCUCCUACAUUCGAAUCCUGAUGUCAGUGCUUCAGAUCAACUCCAAGGAAGGGCGUUCUAAAGCCUUCUCCACCUGCAGUUCCCACCUCCUGGUGGUGGGCACCUACUACUCGUCCAUUGCUGUAGCCUAUGUGGCCUACAGGGCUGACCUGCCCCUAGACUUUCACAUCAUGGGGAAUGUGGUCUAUUCGAUUCUCACACCAAUCCUCAACCCUCUCAUCUACACUUUGAGGAACAAAGAUGUCAAAGCGGCUAUUACCAAAAUUGUUUAUCUCAAAGGCAUGAUGUGA